UCCUAGUAACGACGCCGCAUUCAUAAUUGUGCCGCAGGGUCAAGAGCACGGUGCGUUUUUUCGGCCGGCAUUUUUUUCCGAAUUUUUAUUUUAAUGUUUUUCGUGUUUUUGAGAAUUUUUGGCGACGAAACCUGGGACUGCCUUGCCGUGUUGUGACAUAGUGUUUACCUUUAUUAUGUGAUAUAAAAUAAGUGACAUUUAGAUAAGAACAAACUGUGAUUUUAAAAUGGUGAUAAUUGGUGUAUGAAGACUUGGACAGUGACAGCCAAAUCUCAACGGAGGAUCUCGAAAUAUUCCAUGACACCCAAAACAAAGCGUAGAAUACGAAGACAGAAACCGUAUAUUUUUGUAAGAUAGUGCCAAAUAACCACUCGAUCGAACGAUCGGAACGAUAUUAUACUGUAUAUUUAGAUAGACAUUUUUAAUUGCCAAGAUGAUGGAAGGAAGGACUAUCGACUACAGGCCGGACGGGGGCGGACUGGACUACCACAACUCGCCGCUCAUGGCCGAGAUACCCAUAGACAACUACUCCCACAUACACAGGAGUAUAGAACACCUCAGGUCCAUAGGGGUCCCUCCGCCCUUGGACCCGCACCGCCACCUCGCCACCAACCUCACAGACUUGAGGCGGUACGAACACCCCGACGAAAUGCCUGAAAUCAAGCCGUCCGUAUUAAGACUAUCCGAAUUUAAAAGUGGUUUGCAAGACAUAAGGAUACACAACGACCAGGAGAACGAGGUACAGCGACAGAUGACGCCGCACGACGACGGGCCCAAGGGGUACAGCGCGCCCUCCACCCCCCUCUCCGAAAACGGUGGACAUAGUAUCCAGGAGGAAAAGGUGUUCGGUUCGAAGGCGGACCUGCAGCUGCACACGCAGAUCCACCUGCGCGAGGCCAAGCCCUACCGCUGCACGCAGUGCCCCAAGGCCUUCGCCAACUCCUCCUACCUCGCGCAGCACUCGCGCAUCCACCUCGGCAUCAAACCCUACCGCUGCGAGAUCUGCCAGCGCAAGUUCACCCAGCUCUCCCAUCUCCAGCAGCACAUACGCACCCACACCGGUGACAAGCCCUACCGGUGCACCCAAAUAGGCUGCACCAAGGCCUUCUCCCAACUCUCCAACCUCCAGAGCCACAGCCGCUGCCACCAGACCGACAAACCCUUCAAGUGCAACUCCUGCUACAAAUGCUUCACCCACGAGAAAGACCUGCUCGAACACAUUCCCAAACACAAAGAGUCCAAGCAUUUGAAGACUCACAUCUGCCAGUAUUGCGGCAAGAGCUACACCCAAGAAACUUAUCUAAGUAAGCACAUGAACAAGCAUGCCGAGCGAGCUGAUAAGCGGCCUCCGAUAUCCGCUUUAGGACUGAGCGGUUUGAAUAGGUCUUUGGCUGCGGCAGCGCCGACGGCGACUCCGUUCGGCGACCAUCCGUACUGGCCUAAAGUCAGUCCGGAUUCAGCGGCGCAUAUGUCUGAUGACGGUGGUUAUCAUCAGCAGAGAGAGGAGGAGCACCACGAGCAGCAGCUGCAGCAGCACCGAGCGCUGUUCGCGCAACACGAAGCUCAAGAAGAGCGGUCGUUGCAGCCGCCGGUGUCUUCAGCGGCGAACUCGGCGUUCACGCCGAUCAACUCGAUGGCGCCGCACCUGAACGGGCUGUCGCACCACAGCGCGCUGCCGGCGCGGCCGUACCUGUACGACCCGCUGCACUUCCAGCAGGGCAAGCAGCAGCCCAACAGCUUCCCCAACCAGCUGAUCUCGCUGCACCAGAUCCGCAACUACGCGCACCAGCCCUCGGCCGCCCUCCUGCCCGCCGAACACAUCCUCCCGCAUGCGCUCUCGCACAAAGACAAACAGUAACUCGCAGCUAACUUCUAGUACUUACGAUGGUAUUAUUAGUAUAAUUAACGAAAUAUAUAAUAUUUAGAAUCUCGCUCUCGAAGACAGUGGUAUUAUGAAUGUAUGAAAUACGAACGUUUUUGUCGUUUAUGAAAAAUUCAUGUUUUUAGACUAAAAUUGAUAUCGUGUAUUGAAUACUCUGAAUUUUUGUGAGUAGAUUACAAAUGUACUGGGUAUGAAAUGUGAUUUCAAGGAUUUGAAUUCAUUGAUAGAGAUUUUGAUUAGUUUUCUGGAAGCGGGUCCUCUUUUGUCCGUAGCUGAGUUAGUGGAACCAUGUCUGGUGGAAUAUAGAGCAAGCUUGGUUGAUUCUCUCAUUGCAACUGCGAAUCAAAAACUAGAUAUAAUUAAAACUGCUUUAAAGAAAACUAAUCGUCUAUAAGUUUAGCAAUAAUAUUAUUUUCUGUACAUAUAUCUUCGAACUUCCGAUCCCAGUUAAAACUCGGUGUUAAUAUAUUCGGUAUGAAAGCAAAAGAUAGGACAAUGUAUUUAUUUAAUUCUUUUAAAUUAUCAAUAUCCCAGUAUGCGUUACACACAAAGAUGAAAGUUCCUGACAGAUAAAUUAUACUUAGAGACAGUAUACGGUCUUGAAAUCACUAUGUUCGGUUUGUAUUGCAUUUUGUAUACUUUAGUUGUAUCUCGCAGAUCUCUGUACACAUCACUUUCGCACUCAGUUCCUACUUAGUUCAUAUUCAUUUAGUUUAUCGUCUACUGUUGGCACGAUUUGUUAAGUAUUAUCCUUGUGGAAAAUGUCGUCUUCCUUGUGUCCGAAGCGUUCAAGGUCGAAUAUAUUUUCUAAAUAUAACUUAAGCAUUUCCAUUUUGUAUAGAAAUUUUCGAGUGGCCAAAUUUGCUUACGAUUCGGUAUUGACACUUUUUGUACAUAUUUUGUAUAUACGAAUCCAAUUUUUUGAAACCAUGAAAUUUAUUGACAUGUUUUUUUAUUAUUUUAGUCUAACGCUCGUGCUCAAUUAUAUUAGCCGUGGUCUCGGCCGGCGCCGGCGGGUCCAGUACUUACGAAAUUACAUUUCACUCUGUUGAUUUGGAAACUUAAUUUAGACUAAGUUUUGGAGUAUACGAAAAUUGUUGAUUUGGUCUUUCUGCACGUUUGUGCGGUUAAAGAGUAUAUGUGAUAGGAGAAAUCGGGAAAGACGAGGAAAUAUUUUUGGAGGAAUACUUUGUUCUUCACGGGUUAGGUUAGCGCGGGCGUUGGUCUGCCCGCGCACAUACACGCGGCGACACAAGUGUUGAUGGCUGCUUUAGAUCCUCGAAUUUAGCCUCUAUUCCUUCCUGCACAAGGAAACCCUAAAUCAGCGCUCAAGGCCGCUGUCGCCGCCUGUACAGUUGCUAAUGUCUAAGUUCUUGUACAAAUGGUUCUUGUUUCUUUAGAAUAUCAUGUACGGCAAUACUUGAAUCUUCCCAAUCGUUGUGUUAUAUGUCAAUAUUAGUGCGUGAAUUAAAUGUAUAAUAUUCAUCAUGACAAGCCAAGAGUUUAUCCAAAUUACUUUGGUAUAGAAGAAGUUAAAGAUCGCCAAUAUCUCUCUAUUGUAAGUAGAAAUGUGAUAUUGUAUUUGAUUUUUUUAGUUAAGUGUACACUUAUUAUUUAGAUUAAAUAAAUAUUUUUGUAAGUAAUUUCGUUUUACGUUAGUUUCGCUUUGUCUAGCGUUUUAGGUUCAGAUCAUAGAUGAAAGUGAACGAAAUCUUUUUUGUUACUUAAAAUCGAUUAAAAUUACAACUAUGCCAAGAUCAA